CCGUGAGCUUGUCGGCAGUAGGAGGAGAACAGGGACUGCGGUCAUAAACAAACACACGCAGUGGAGUCGGUAGUGUCUGUGGGGCUGUGCAGGAGCACUGGCUGACUUUCAGGGAAGCUGACCUUCUCGACCGGCACCAAGAAACCAGACCGGCUGAAAAAACCCGAACACGAAGAGCGGAUUGUCUCCCACUCUCCCUCCCUCCUCCCUUCCCUCGGAGUCGGCUUAUGUGACACAUUCACGUCCCGGCGGAGAAACGAGAGAAAUAUGACGGAGCUGAGGAAGCGAGGCGGAGGCGGAGCAGACCCUGACAGCGCCGAUAAUAUCAGCGACAAGGAGGCUGAUGGCGAUGACAGGUUGGGCCUGGCAGGUGACGCAGAGGGAGAAUGUGAUGGCGACUCCAAAGCAGACACUCCAGAUUAUCCUCUCUCCACAGCAGACACAGACAACACUCCAGAAUGCCUCAACAAAGCUCUGGAGGGGCUGCCGCCCAGAUGGAAGAACUACUGGAUACGAGGAGUUCUGUCUUUAGCCAUGAUUUCUGGCUUCUUCCUCAUCAUCUAUAUGGGACCUAUUGCUCUUAUACUUGUGGUCAUGUCUGUCCAAAUCAAGUGCUUCCAAGAAAUUAUCACCAUUGGCUACAGAGUUUACCAUUCCUAUGACCUGCCAUGGUUCAGGACACUAAGCUGGUACUUUCUGAUUUGUGUCAACUACUUCUUCUAUGGAGAAACUGUUGCAGAUUACUUUGGGGCUCUGGUGCAGAGGGAGGAGCCUCUGCAGUUCCUGGCUCGAUAUCACCGCUUCAUCUCCUUCGCGUUGUACCUCGCAGGUUUCUGCAUGUUUGUGCUGAGUUUAGUGAAGAAACAUUACCGCCUGCAGUUUUAUAUGUUUGCUUGGACCCAUGUGACCCUGUUGAUUGUGGUAACUCAGUCCCACCUUGUCAUUCAGAACCUGUUUGAAGGAAUGAUCUGGUUCAUCGUCCCCAUCUCCAUAGUGAUCUGCAAUGACAUCAUGGCCUACCUGUUUGGGUUCUUCUUUGGGAGGACUCCACUCAUCAAGCUCUCACCCAAGAAGACCUGGGAGGGUUUCAUCGGAGGGUUUUUCGCCACUGUCGUCUUUGGCUUCAUUCUGGCCUACCUCCUCUCUCAGUUCCAGCACUUUGUGUGUCCCGUGGGCUUCAACAGUGAGUCAAACAGCUUCACAGUCGAAUGUGAGCCGUCUGACAUCUUUGUGAUGCAGGAGUACACACUUCCCACUGUGCUACAAAACACACUGAGAUGGAAAACUGUCAACCUGUAUCCCUUUGCGAUCCACAGCAUCUUCCUCUCGUCUUUUGGAUCUCUCAUCGGACCGUUCGGCGGCUUCUUUGCCAGCGGCUUCAAGCGAGCGUUUAAAAUCAAAGACUUUGCCAAUACCAUCCCUGGCCAUGGAGGCAUUAUGGACCGCUUCGACUGCCAGUACCUGAUGGCCACCUUCACACACGUCUAUAUUGCCAGCUUUGUCAGAGGUCCGAACCCCAGCAAAGUGCUGCAGCAACUGCUGCUGCUCCAGCCUGAGCAGCAGCUCGGCAUCUUCCAUACUCUGCAGUCCCACCUGAGAGACAAGGGCAUGCUCCCACCUGCUGCUGUCCAGGCCGAGUGACGCGGCACCACCUCCACAGGGCGAUGACCUGGGAGCGUGCGAGACGGUUUUCAAAGUUGGCGUAAGCAUGUACACGCAGGCACGCAUGCAGAACAGCCGUAUGGUAUGUGUGUGAUUUCUGGCGUAUAUCGGAGCAUCCAUCGUCAUCCUGUCGGCUCUUCGUUCAACUUCCAAUCAGCUCAAGAUCACAACUUUGAACCUGAGGUGACUCUCCGGACUACAAGGAACAACCUAGUAGGAAAGAAACUAAAAACAAAAAGGAAAAAAAAAGGUGGCUGCGUUGCUUUUCACUUGGACCGGCAUCAGCUGCAGCACACUUCACGAGUGAACGGGCCGCCGUCAUCCUAAAACACACACACUGAAGAAAAAGAUGUACUCGCUCAACAACAGUGACUGUAAAGCACGCAGCUUUCUCAGUGGAGGGUCGACGUGCAGAUUCGCUGUGGACGGCAAAUAUUGCACUAAAUUUAGAUUUUAAAAAUGGAUUUAAGAAGCUUUUACCAGCAUAAACUGGGCCCAAAGUGUUGUGCACGUGGACCUGAGUUACAGCAAACAGACCUGGGUGUGGGUGAAGUAAUGAUGCAGCAGGGUUGUCAAACAUACUGCUAAAUGAAGCCAUGCUUAUUCUCCACUUCCACAACAUUUAGCUUUUAGGUUUCUGACUAAAUCUAAAAUAACUCGCACAAUAAUAGUCAAACGACUGUAGGCAUGUUAACACAGACAGCAGAGCAUCAGCUGCACACUCAGCACUCGAAUAAUGUGUUGUACAUAAAUCUACUGAAACUAUUUAGCAAUCAAUGCAUAUAAUAUAUUACUACUUUAUGUGACCUGCUGCAGAAAAAGACUUUUAAGCUAUGAGAAGUGAUAUGCAAAAAAAAAGAGAUUUAACUCAUUUGUAGCUUUUAGCAUGAAGAAAUUAGAUUUUUAACAGGUAGCAGUGUAGAGGUGUUUGGGUGACCCUUUGCUUGACUGUAAAAAAAAAAAGAUAAUUUAAAGGAAUAGGUUGAAUAGUGGUUUGUGGGAAAUGUAGUCAGUGGUUUUCUGUCUUUGAGCUGAUAAAAAGAUCAGUAGUACUGUCCUCUCUGUAUCUAUAAGCACAGCAAUACAGUAGAAAAUAUAGAAAAUAUUAUAAAGAUCAGUGGAAAUUUUUUUAAAAAGUCACAAAUGUGGAGCAGCAGAAUAUAGUUUUAUAGUUUCAUUACUAUACCCAUUAUUUCAAUUCAGUUCAAUUUUAUUUAUAUAGCACCAAAUCACAACAGCAGUCGCCUCAAGGCGCUUUAUAUUGUAAGGUAAAGACUCUACAAUAAUACAGAGAAACCCCAACAAUCAGAUUUUAACCAGUGGAUGAAAAAUCACACAUAAACGUCACAUGAGUCAGCAGGAACAGUUUCAAACAGACUCUUAUGCAAAAAGUUAUUGUACUCAUUUCUCUCCUUUACAACUCAACUCAUUUCCCUUGUUCCGGGUUUUUCCUGGUUUGUUAUGGGCCGUUUGGAGAAUACCUGCAAGGCAACGGUAAAUGCAUAGCUUACUUAAUACAAGUCUGUGCAUUUUCCCAUAAGAAAGAGGAAGCAUGUUUAUAUUGAAGUCACUGCGGCUUAAUUUUCUAAUUUUUCUGCCUAUUUGGAAUCUAGAGUCAGUCAGCAACUGGUUUAUUCGUCAUUUGUCUAUUUAGACGUUUCACUCGAGCAGUUUUGGAUUAGACUUGAAAAAUGUAACCAGAGGUGGCGCCUGACUCAGUCCAGAUUUGAAUCCAUGAUGUAACUGAAAUAAUGUUUUAUCAUUCUAGAGAUUGGACAAAAUUGCAAAUUUUAUAUCCCAACAACACAAAUGCAUAAUAAUUAAUAUAAGAAACAGAAGAAAUUGUGAUGUUCAAGAAAAUUCCUGAAAUUAGUCCUAAUCCCCACCCUGAUAUCCUUCUGGAUCCACAGACGCAUUCGUCCAUGGCAGUGAGGUAAUUUCCAUCCUCACAAAAAUCCCAAAACGCGCACUGUACAGAUUAGAUUAUACAGGGAACAACUUUAAGUUGGUGGAAAACUGGAACAGCCUGCAAAGCUGCCCUCUGGUCUCUGAAAUCCUUACUUUGCAGGGUUGCUAAUUAGCAAGUCAGUGACAGAGAGUUUGAAGGACGCGUGUUGAUCUGUGAGUUUUAGAGGAAUGACUCGCUGCUCACACUGAACUGAAUCUUCACAUCAGACUCUUGGAAAGAAAACAAAUGAGCACAUUUCCCGAAAUGUGAAACUGUUUCCUUCAACCAAUGAUUUUAGUUGCACUGUGGGGGUGGUGGUGGUGUUUGAGGGGGAGGUUUCCAUCAGAUCAUUUCUGGAUGCUUUAGGGUGUUUUUGCACAUCAAAUCACUGUUUUCUAAGUUUGAAUGUAGAUUGCAAUACAAAAUGUUAUCAAUGAUAACAUGAGAUUAAAUGUAGAGCCUAUAUACUGUACGAUGGAGUGUAUGUACAGUAUAUAAAACACUUCUUUAGGUGUACAAAGAACUCUGGGAGGUGGUUUUAUUAGCUAUAUAUGCAAGUUGUAGUUUGAUUCUUUAGAGUAUGGAUCGGAUAAUUUUAAUGUCAGAGGAAAUGUGAUGAUUCGUAUUUAUGUUUUUCACGUGUUACGACGCUACGUUUGCAAAGAGAUUCUCUGUUUGAAUCCAGAUCCUUUCACAGAGACGUUUACCAAAGCACUGUUUGAUCAACACUGAUCUUCUUCCGUUAGUGAAAAAGCUCUGGGUCGCAAAGAGUCAGAUCUCUCCUGUCCCGACUUUCCCUGCUCAUCCCGAAACACUCAAACCCGGAAGGUGAGAGUUUGGAAUCGGGUUGGAGUGCUGACAUCUGGAUCUGUGUUGUGUUCACACGCUUCAGUCGUUGGUCAACGAGGAUAUUUUAAUUUAUUUGUCCAGUUUGUUCUGUUUGUUUUUUCGUCGUAGAUUCCAAGAUGUGAAUGAGAGGUUCAGGUUGAAUUUUUGGGACCAGCGAUAUCGUACUGUGUAAAUCUUUUAACUACUGCUUUACGCGCUUUUCUUUACGCACCCCUCACGUGUCCAGCAUUCACAGAGGCAGCGAAGGACGCAGACGUCUGGACCGACGUGUCAACACUAAAGAGAUCCGACCAAAAGUAGGAGCAGGAAUUGACACAGAAUUAUUUGUUAGAAUGGAUUUAUAUGGAGCCUGGAGUGUGCCACUGGAAUAAUGUGACUCGUAAAUUAAUUAAAAAUGUGUAUAUAAAUUAGCUGCUGUCCCAGGUAAUGACUCUGUGUAUUGUCUGGAGGGAUAAUGAGCGAACUUUAGAAGUGCCUUUUAUUUAAAAAUAUAUAUACUUUAUGUUAAAUACUAUAGUACUGAUUUCUCCAGUCUCUUAAUGAAUAAUAAUGAUCAUAAUCAACACCAUCAGUCAGUCUGACGGUGUGGAUUCAUUUCCCAGUGGGUGUUGGAGUGUUUGCUGUUCUUUUACCAAUCUAAUAUUUAGUUUUAGUCCUACCCACGUUCUCUCCAGAGCCUGUUUAUUGCACACUACCAGUUUAACCUUUUCUCUUUAAGCAGCACAGUUCAGGUUGUAAUCUGGAAAGUAUGGAGCGAAUGAGCAGCAGGUGGGACUCAAGUCUUUGUUACCUGGCCAGGUGAGCUAUAGCUGUGGCCAUCUAAUGAAUCUUUAAUUGAUAUACUUAAGAUGUAUAUUAUUUCACUGGGACACUUGAGACUCCAUAUUUACAGCUGUAGUUCCACGACACACGUGCAUACUAAUUUAUACUUUCUUACCAUGUUGCACACAAAGGUAGAAAAGAGAACAGGUAAGCUGUCAGGUGACGAUGCAGACUUUCAGUUGUGUUUUUAAUUUAUCAUUUUGUGUACAUUUGGUUUGAUUUGCUUUGAGCAGAAAUGUUUUCUAAUGAGAUGGAUAAGGAAAAUGUGUAUCUAUCUAUUGAGGAAUAAUGCUGUUUAAUAUUAGGGGCAAUACAAAGUACGGUAAAUAAACACACUGAUAUCUUAAUAGAGAGAUUGUGACGGUGUUUAAUGUACGGAGGUAAAUAAAGACUUUUUUCUUUAACAUGUUUUUAUUCCGAUUUGUGUUUUUGAUAAUGAAAAGACAAACCAAUCACUUUUACAUUAAAGGAUCAACUUCAGAUUUAUUCACAAAACAAAGCCUGACAGGAAAAGAGAGAUUUUGCACAGAGUGAAAGAACGAAUGUGGAGUUUGCACUGAUAGAGCCGUUACUAACACACAUGUAAGCAUAAAGAGCUGGUCAGACGUUUCCUAUCGACUCUACUGAGCUUUAAACACACCACCGAGCAGAUAAAGACAAUAAAAAUGUAAACGAAGCAAAGAAGUGAUUAGGUUGUAAUACAUAAAGAUGUUAAUGCCAUUUUGUGUUCAUUAUUUUCACCAUGAGAAGUAUCAAGAUAAAUGGGAAAGUUAUACAGUGACAAAACUAACAACUUUGCUGCUCCCACCAAUAACAGCCACCAACACCAACAGCAGGAUUUUGGCUUAUCCAGGUAACUUGAGACUAAACCUGGGUUUUAGUAUUACAAAGGUGGUUCAGCAGCCGCGGUGCUUUCAGUCUGUUUUGUGCUUAACCACCUCAGAUUUUUCUAGUAGCGCACUACAUAAAAGUCAGUCACUGCUGCCCACGUGAUCAUGCUAUCAGGUUGAUAACAACCUUCGUGUGACUGCUUGGCCUGAUUGGGGCUGUCAGGGUUCGUGAAGCCAGACAACGGAAAGAUAUCCUGAAUUUAACUUGCUUCCAAGUACAAGGCCCGAAUGAUCAGUUAUGAAUACCCUCAAACUAAAACGAUGCACUGUAGUGCAGCUGGGAUAUGAAAGCAGAACGACUCAGACAAACAAAGCAAACGCAGACAAACCUUUCUGCGUCCUCUGGAAGGUUUCUAUUAAAGUGCAUCAUAGUUUUCUUUGAGUCAGUCGAAAAAACAAACAAA